AUGGGGAUGUGUCCCCUGGUGUCCUCCGAUGUCACCCGGUGUCCCUGCGUCCCCGGCGCAGAGUGGUUCUUCGCGGCGCUCGACACCGUCAUCUUCUGCGUCUACGCCUUCGAGGCGGCGCUCAAGAUCCUGGCCCUGGGAUCCGACUAUUUCCGGGACUUCUGGAAUUACGUGGGUACGAUCCUGGAGAACCUCAAGGAGGUGACAGGCACCUUCGCGCUCUCGGGCCGCUCGCUGGGCGCCAUCCUGCUCAUGAUGUUCACCAUCCUCUACGUUUCAGCUCCAUUUUGGGCCAUUUCCCCCCAUCUGGGGCUCUCCGGGUCCCUCCGGCUCCUUUCCGUGACUCUCCGGGUCAUCUUCUCGGUGCUGCUGCGCGACCUGUUCCAGCGCUCGGACCCGCAGCGCUUCGGGGACCUCUUCAACACCCUCUUCACCCUCUUCCAGCUCUUCACCCUCGACGACUGGUCCCUCAUCUACCAGCAGAGCGCCCGGGUCGGUUACUCCUACAUCAUCAUCUUCCUCAUGGUCUACAUCCUCAUCCAGUACUUCACCUUCCUGAACCUCGUCAUCGCCGUCCUCAUCGACAACUUCCAGGUGUCGCUGCUGAAGGAAGGGGAGGAGAAGAAGCAGCUG